AUGAUCGUCAAGAAAUUGGUUUUUCCGUUUAUUUUCGGACUAUUUUGUGCGCUACAGAGUGCGGAGGCUGCGGAGAGAUCGCUUAAUUUCAAUUUUCAUCUUCCCGGUUUGCGGCUCAACGAUGGACCACCCCCAGCCAUCAAGCGAUACGACGGGAAUCGGUUAAGGGAUGAUUCUCUGCUGAUGGUGUACUAUCACGACCUGAGUGUGGCUGUGGUGGAACUGGGACCUAAGAAGUUAUUGCUCAAUUGUAACAUAAUAGAAAUAUAUUCCCCAACCGACGUGGACAAAGCCAUGGGUCCACUAGUGGACAAAACAACCCCAGUGCCAAUUAAUUUCAAUGAAAUGGUGCAUCUGAUGGACCAAUGCGUUCAGUUAGAACGAAUGAAGAGAAGACACCGGACUGGUGUAUCCCAGCAGAGCGAAGAAGAACGAAAGAACUUCACUACGAGAGUUGAAGAGGCCAAAGCUAUAAUCAAUAGCCAAUUAGUUCUGCUCAGUGGAAUCAUACCAGGUACUAAAUGGUGUGGCACAGGUGAUAUAGCCAAGAAUUACCACGAUCUAGGAGAAGACGUAUCGACUGACAUGUGUUGCAGAAACCAUGAUCUUUGCCCGGUGAAAAUUAGAGCGUAUUCGAAAAAAUACAAUCUGAACAACGACUCUUUGUACACAAAAUCACACUGCACAUGCGACGAUAUUUUUCAUAAAUGCAUGAAAAUGCAGAGGACAAAGUCUGCUCAAAUCUUAGGUCACAUAUAUUUCAAUUUGGUCAAAGUGCCUUGCUUGGAAGACCGUGAAGAAGGAAAAAUUUUCAGGAAGGCUAAAGAAUUUUGAUUUCCAGACAGUCCACAAAACUUUAAAUAGGUAUUUUCUGUGAAGAAGACGUUCCAGAAAAUUAAACGAAUGUUUUAUUUCAUAUUCAUCACCUAGUAUAAACCGCGUAGUCCUAUAUCAGAGGCCAUUUUUGUAUCUCCACUAUAUUAUUAGUAGGAAAUUUGGAUAUUUUAUCUCUGCUGAUCAAAAAUCACUUGAAAAGAAUGUUAAUUGCCUGAAAUUCCAUCAUUUUCAUUAAUAAAAUAAAAAAUCAGGAAACGGAUUGCUUCAAAAAGUUAUAUUACUAACUUUUCCUUCAUCCAAGUAGGUAUAUCACAAAAAUAUAACCUAUUAUACAAAAGAAUAGGUUAUUUAUGUUGAAAACUAUCUCUAUUUAAGUUAGACAAUAGUUUUCCUCAACGAAAAUCUUUCAUUUCACUAGAUAUUAUUUAUAUUUAUAUACACUGCGUACCAGGUUCUUAUAUCUAGGAUUUAGGAUAUAAAAAUAAUGGAGCAAUUUCGAAUAAACAAACACUUUAUUUGGAAAAUGAAAUUUAAGUUUUUUUAGAUGAAUGAUCAACGCAUUCUGAUGAAUGCAUACUUAAGAAUAUUAUUUAUUUGUAGAAAGAAAGUAAUCGGUUAAGUACUCAAUGAAUAAAAAAAUCCAAGUGAAA